AUGACAGAAUUUAUAAUUACUGUAAACAAGACAAUAUUCAUGGAGUUCUUGCUGUUAGGAUUUUCAGAUAUUCCUGACUUAAAACCUUUCUUGUUUUCCAUGCUUCUUCUUGUGUAUAUGAUGACACUAGCAGGAAACGGAGCAAUCAUCAUGGUAACCAGUUUGGAAAAGAGCCUCCAGAAGCCAAUGUAUUUCUUUCUAUGCAACCUGACGAUACUUGACAUAUGCUACACUUCAACCACCAUGCCUAAAAUGUUACAGACUCUUCUAACAGAAAAUAACUCUAUGGGGCCUAUAUCAUUUAAUGGGUGUGUGACUCAGAUGUAUUUAUUUGUGACCUUUGUGGGCACUGAGUGUGUUCUCCUCAGUGUUAUGUCAUUUGAUCGCUUUGUAGCUAUAUGUCGCCCUCUGCAAUAUUCUGGGAUUAUGGGACCUAAAUUUUGCAUUAAUUUGGCAAGUAUUUCCUGGUUAUGUGUCUUUAUGAAUUCUCUAGUGCAUACUGUGUUCACUUUUCAUUUACAUUUCUGUGUCUCCAAUAGGAUAAAUUAUUUCUAUUGUGAUAUACCUCCACUCCUUUCACUUGCCUGUGAUGAUACAACUGUUAAUGAACUUUUGCUAUUGUCCAUUGGAGUUUUUAUAGGAUGGACUCCAUUUCUCUGCAUCAUUGUAUCCUACAUAUACAUUAUCAUAACGAUUAUUAAAAUCAGCUCUGCUAAUGUAACUGAAUUUUUUUAA